AUAGCGUUAAAUAAAAAGAUUCUAAAGAUCUUCGGAAUGUGUUUGAAUGACGAAUGCGCUUCACCAAAAGAGCGAAUCGUUAGCAAAUGCGUCAAUUGGGCAAUGUUGUGGAUUUCCAUUUGUACAGUUGGCGUUAGCUUUGAGUACGUGGUCUCGCAUUUUUCCGACACCGAAAGUAUUCUGUUUGCUGUGAUGCAAAUGGCUGCAAACACUGCUUCAGGUGGUGGAUACUGGACGUUUUACAACAAAAAGUACCAAGUAUCCAAGUUUCUCAACCAUAUUGAAAAUUUGGUCAAAUUACGUAUUCGAGCAAAUCCUGAUUCGGAAAAACUCUACGAAAAAGCUGAAGAGAAUUCAACGUUUGUUGCAAAGUGGCCGCUUAUUGUUUUCAUAAUGAACUAUGAUUUUGUAUUGGUUUUCGCCACAACUUACACGGUAAUUUUUGAAAUGAUUCCCGCCAGAAGUGAUCCAGCCACUUGGUAUGGCAUGUACAAAAUGAGCUUUCCAUUCGAUGUGCAUUCUUUACAUGGAUAUUUCGCAUAUUUAAUCAUGGUAAUCGUUGCAUUGCACACCUAUGCCAUUCUGAUUACAAGUCAAGCCGCAUUUUUCCUUGGUGCGUCAUUUUACCUGGAUGCCUUCACCGAAGAUUUUAACCAACUGAUGCACAAAUUAAACCGAAUCGUUGAAAAAACACACCAAUUCAAAUAUGCCGUUCAGACUCGCCUAUUCCAAGCCGUUAUAUUCAACAUUCAAAUUAUUGAGUUUGUACAAAAAUCGAUUAUAAAUAGAACUUGA